AUGCCGCGCGUGCCCCCACAAGGAUUGGUCACCAUUUGCGAGAUCAAUCGCGACUUGAGUUCCGCACUUCGUUCCUUUCCUUCAAUCUUUUUUUUUUUUUUUUUCUUCAUGGCGAUGUGAAUUCAAUCGCUUGUGUUGAAAUGGGAGGUUCCCGGUUCCGUUCUAGAAAUCAAGGAUAUUCUCUUACUGUUAUGCGUGCAGUCACAGCGGAGAGCCUAUCUGAUGAUCGGGCCAGGGAAACCUACGGAAAAGUACUCGUACGUUCUUCAAAUGACCAAAUGUAGGAUCUCAUUCUGCAGCACUUGCUUUGAUUGGGUGAUAAAAUUGUACCUGUGGUUGCGCAGGGAGUUGUUUUCAGCCCGGUAUCUUUCCACGGAGAUCUUCUCUCGUCCAGGUCCGAACAAGUUUCAGAUCAAUGGCGGGAGGACGAAUCCUUAACGAGAGGUGUCAUGGAUAAAUUGAAGGCAAUCGUACACCCCAUUAGACUCAUUUUUUACGGCGAAGAGGUGAGUUUAUCCGAGUUACGCGACUUCAUGAGGUUGAAAAUUAAGAUAGAUGGAAAGAGCGAGCCCAGAUUUCUGAUUCUUUAAUCGAGUGAUAAUUUCGUGCAACUCUUUCAGCCUGUGUCCGUUUUGGAAAAACAUUUUUCUCCUCCGGGAAACAAUGAAAAUAUGUUUAGUCGUUAAAAUUCAGGGAAAGGAAAACAUGUUCACGUUGGUUUUCUAGGUAAUAUCAGAAAUGCCGUCUUAUACGGUUAUUUCGCUUUUCGAAUGUUAAAAACAUUCAAAUCUAUUACAGUAAAGGUUAUGGUGAGUCUGGAGUGACCUAUAUUUCGAUAGGUUUUUAAUUUUUAAGGACCAUUUUGGUAGUUAGUCGAUUUGAAUUCCAGAGUCUCUGUGUUUUCUAACAGAUGGAUCGAUUAUCUAUGGUUGAGGGGCGUGGAGUGAGUUGGCAUCCCCAUAAACAUAUUCUGGCAUUUAUUUCUGGUAAUAAUCAGGUUACCAUACGUGACUAUGAUGACUCGGGUAAGUGUUUUCUAUCAUCGUUCUUUUGAGAUAUGGGUUGUCAUCAGAGGUUCGGUUCUAUAACGGAGGAAAUGUGAGGGUGCGUAUCUUUGACUAUUUUGAUCUGAAUAAGUUCACUUGACCAGAAAGCAAAGAAUCAUGUGUUUUGGUCAGUGAAUCCCAAAAAGAGAUAAAAUCUCUCGAAUGGAGGCCAAACAGCGGGAGAACAUUGUCUGUGGCAUGCAAGCAAGUACCAUAAUUAGCCUUCCCCUUGAGAAUUGUCUUGUACUGUUGCCUGACAUGAAAAAUGUCAUAUUGACUAUGAAUUUCUGAUAAGACCACAUCUCAUUUAGAUUACAUUUUCUUUCCUCCAGGGGUGGAAUCUGCAUCUGGUCUGCUUCUUUCCUUGGGAAUGCAUCAUCUGUAAGACCUGGAGCUGUACCACAUGGGGGCGCUAUUUCCAGAGGUUCAGGAGUUAGGUGGAGCCUGGUUGAUUUUCUGCACAGUCCUAGUGGGGAACACGUUACGGCUCUUAGUUGGAGCCCAACUGGGAGAUAUCCAAUUAACUGGUUAUUAUUGUUGCUACAGAAUUGAUGCUUUUCUGUUGGCUGAUUUUUUUAAUCUCAUUUUCGUAAGGCAAAGUUAUUAAAUGAUUAUGUUGCUUCGGGACCCUCUUAAAUUGUUUCCUUCAAGUGUUUUUGAAGUGAUACAAGUUUAUGUCACCUGUCACUACUAUCCUUCUUUUGUGCUUCUAGUAUACUCAGAAAUGUCCGCCUCUCCUUCUGGGCUUCCUUAACGUUCCCUUACAUAUCUGGCAUCUGCAUCCUGUGAAAGUUCAUCCUUCAUGAUAUGGGAUGUUGCUCAAGGUAUCAUCUUUUCUGACUUCAUGAUUAUCUAACUUGUUUGGUUUAUCAACAUCGUUCACAUUAUUAGUUUCUGAGAGUAUUUCCCUUUAUUAUCAUGCUCUGUAUUAGUGUUAAGUAUUACCUCUGUGUCUCUUAUCAUUACCAUGAAUACUUCUCCAAAUGAAAGCAUGAACCUAGACUUAAUUCGAUUUAUGGUUAAAAUGCAGUUCGGAAUUCUCAGCGUUUCUUUGAUUUAAUUUUCUAAAGCCUACUAUUUUGAAUAUGUGGUGAAGACACUUUUCUUUCCCAGUUAUGGCUAAAGAUAGCAGCAGCUGAAUCUCCUCAAAGACUCAGAAUUUUCGUAUCAUCUUUACCCGUUUAUAAUCUCUGUGGAUUUUCGAGGCAGCCUUUUAAUCAUUUCCAUGGCCAAAUGAAAGUCUUUAGUCUUGUUGACAAUUUGGUGGGCAUAUUUUUCUUUUUCGUUCUGGUCUAUUAGGAUGCCAAUGUCUAAUAAGUUUUCUUAUUGGAUUUUGUAGGUGUAGGAACUCCUAUUAGAAGAGGAUUGGGUGGGAUCUCAAUGCUGAAGUGGUCACCAACAGGCGACUACUUUUUCACUGCAAAGUUGUAAGUCUAUACUUAUCAUUACAAUACCAAGAUAACUGUCUGCUUUUUCUAAUCUUCUGUUCAUGUUUGCUUCCCCUCUGCAGUGAUGGCACGUUUUACUUAUGGGAGACAAACACGUGGACCUCAGAACGCUGGUCGUCAACAGGUGGAAAUGUCUCAGUAAGUAGGAUGAAAAUCAGAAGACGACUGUGGCGCAGAAAGGGAAUUUCUUUAGACAGAUCAUUCACUGCGUAGUUUGGCUGACUUGCAUCUAAAUAGCUGCAAAAUACUCCUUUGGGAAAAUUUCAUCUCGCUGCUUUCUGUUGAUACACGGGUGGUACCACAGCUGAUCUUCUGGUUCUAUAGACCCUAGGGCCUGAUUCCAUCAAUAUCCCUUUCCCAACCCCAGUCAAAUAGUUUUCUCCGGUACAUCAAUCAUGCAGUCUGAAGGAUAGUUAACCCUGUCUGCAGCGCUGUUGAAUCCCAUGGUUGGAGCCUGUUUAUCAGAGGUUUAGAUUCUCUCCAUGAGUAUCACAGUUAACCUAACCACUGACCUGGCCGCUCAAUUGUUAAUACCGGUGACUUGACUGAUCCACAAGGCAUGCGUUUAGCAUUUUUUAUCGCCUACAUGCAUCCCUUUAGUGCAUGAAUAGCCUCAUGAUCGUGAUGCCUUCCAGUAUUUUACUUGAACCCAUAGCAGACUGCUAACUGAAAAUAUUGGUCUUCUGAGCUCAUGUUCAGAAAAUAUUUUCUUGAUCACAUUUUUUAUUUAGAUAAAUGAUAUUUUUUUCUCCUUUUAAAUGUUUCUGUUGACCCGAUCAUCCUUUUUUUUUUAAUUUCAUCAGGGAGCAGCCUGGGAUCCAAACGGACGUAUGAUACUAAUUUCAUUUUCUGAAUCUGUGACGUUGGCAUCUAUCCACUUUUCGUCUAGACCUCCAUCGCUGGGUAAUUUAUUUGAAACCUUUUUCAGCCAUUGAAUAUAAAUAUCUCGGCCUGAAUGCAAGAUGAAAGAAGGGGUGUUUUGAUUGGAAAUAAACACGGCAUUCCCUUUACUGUUUGCUCAGAUGAAUAGAAGUUCCACCCCUAUAUUUAAACAGGCAAUUGCUGGGGUCCUCUUUGCUGGGUGUCUUAUAUGAUUUUGGCAAAUGGUUGGUAUUAUCAUUCAUUAUAAAUGUUGUAAUGACUUGUGAUAGUCAAAUAGUCAAUUACGGUUUUACUCCAGACUGCUUUAUUACUUGUAAUAAUCAUUUUUAAGUUUCUAAAAAUUAAUAAUUUGAGACAUCACGUCAGCUGGGAUUUUUUUUUUAGCGUAAAUCAUCUUCCUGUAUGUCUUUAUUGCACAAUUGUGACUAUGCUUUCAACAUAUGAUGGAGAUAUUAGAUCAGGUAAGGCCAAUCCAACAUGGCUUAGGAUUGGAAUUAGACCAGUUCAUCCAAAUCAUCCACUUUUUUUUUCUGAGGAAAAGAUGCAUCCAUAAUUUAAGGGUUUUUUUAAUGAAAUAAAAAUUUAACGUACAUGUGUACGCACGAAUAUAUUUACAAGCAUGCAAGUUCAAUCAGAUAUCAAAAACAAUAAUGCUCGAUCCUCCCCAUGGUAGACAAUAUCUAGUGGAUUCUACUAUGUUUUUUUUUAAUGAAAAAAACAUGGAUCAGAUAAUAGAUCAGAGAACAUCAGCUGCAGGUCGGAGGAAAUGUCUAGUGGCAUGGGUGAUUCUACUAUGUUUUUGUUGGGUUACACAGAACUCAGAGUCAAUACCUGUCUGGUGCAUUCUUAAAUUGCAUUUAACAUACCAUAUAAGUUGCAGUUGUAGUACAUCCAUUUUGGUGUCUCUGUGAAGUCAUGGAAUUUAAUAAAGUUUGUCCUUGAAUGUCUUUAGAUGCACACCUAGUACCUGUGGAAUUGCCAGAUUUUGUUGCAACUGGCAGGUAAAUAUAGCCCCUCUUAUUAUUUCGUUUUAGCACUUUCUCCAACAGGCUCAAGUAUCCUUUUGGUUCCCAUCUUCUCGGCCUCUUAAAAUCAUAAAUUAUCCCAUCUGGUGGGUUUUUUUAAUUUUCUGUGCUUGAUCAUGUGAUAGAUUACAUAUGAGUAUGUGACAAACUUGUUUUCACUGGUCAUUAUCUUGCGAUUUGCAUGCAAUAACAUUAAGAAACCAGAUUUUGGCAAUGUUGCAAUGUUACAACAUCAAAUCAUUUUGACACACUCGAUUCUGGGAUAUAUAUAAACACUUGGUAUAGGUGUUUGAACUCGACAUGAUUUUUUUGGGAAAGACCUGCAAGAACAGCAUCCGAAUGGUCUAACUAAUAUUGUUCUUAUACAGAUGAGAUGGGAAUCUAUAUGCACAUAACUCCCUUGUGUUUGAAACAUGUAACUUUAGAAUACAUCUGGCAUGUUCUACUUAUGUUUUUGCAUCACACAUAAUCUCGUGCCAAUGCCUCAAAUAUCCUAAAUUACAAGUCAUAUGCUGAUUACAGAGGUUUGUUCUUCACGAGGGCAAAUGAAUUUCUACUGGAUACUCUCUGCACCGACUUUAUAUUUCCAAAGUUAUCUGAUAUUAUAAAAACGAAGAAUACUUUGUUUCUCUGCUCUCCCAGUUCUCCGGAGAAACGUUGUCUGAAGUCUGGUAACCCUGCAAUUGCAUUUGCUCUCUUAACAUUCAGUCAUGGGAUCGAAAGCAUAGCGUGGGACGCUUUGGGAGAGAGACUGGCGUUCUCCUUCAGAGGUUGUGAUGAUCUACACAGAGGGCUCGUCGCAGUGUAUGACAUUAGGAGGGGUCCACUCAUCUCCGCAUCCCUAGUGUCAGUAGCCAAUCAGCUUGAUCCGCUCUUCCUUUAUUUCCUUCCUGCCGCCCUAUUCAUAAAUAAAUAAAUAAAUCGAGGAAAAUUUGUCUAACUCUCUGGUCAUAAUCUUUCUAUUCCUCUUUAAAAAGUGGGUUCAUCAGAGGGCCUGGAGAGAAUCCGAAACCACUUGCUUUUGCAUUUAAUGACAGAUUCAGGCAGGGCCCAUUGCUAUCCGUGGUAAGAACCAAGUCCACCUCUCUCCCUCCGCCUAACACUGACACUUUCUGCUCAUAGUAACUUGAUUUGCUCUCAAUACAGUGCUGGAGCUCCGGCUGGUGCUGCACUUAUCCUCUUAUAUUCCGGUCACAUGUGCUUCCCUGA